CCCACUGUUUCUAUCUUCUGCCCGUACUAAUCUGACCCUUUUAGUGGCAUAGAUUGAGGUACAAUUACAAAAGCAUAUUACCAUAUUACCGUAUUAUAUCCUUUCUGCUGCUACAACAACCCCCCGAAAACACUGCGUUUUUGUCAAGAAAAAACACCUCAUUCAACUUCAACCUCAACUACUCCUUUCUUCUCUUAUCUUUCCUCUACUUCUAUACACCCUUUUUUCCUUCAGUUUUCCUGUUGCUUCUUCACCUUAGUUAAUUUUUGCGACACACUCUCAAUUGGGUGGAUGUGACUACUCCUGUUUACAUGUGUGGUUAGGGUUUACAUGCAAAAAGCAUGUCUUUCGAGCUUAAUUGAGACAGAGAUCUGAACUGUCUAUUUUUUCUUAUCCCUCUGUCUGUUUUGAACAUAAAAUAAAGGGUUGGAGUCGAACAUGGCGAAUCGGUGGUGGGCUGGGAAUGUGGGAAUCAUUAGAGAGCAAGAGUUGAUGGAGAACAAUAACAACGCCAAUACUACUCCGACCAAUAGCAGCAACAGCAACACAAACGCCAACACCAACACCACGGAGGAAGAGGUCAGCAGGGACAACGGAGACGACCAGAACCAGAACCUCGUAAGCCAUGAAGGUUCCGAGCCCGGAAGCGGUGGUCGGAGGCCACGUGGCAGGCCUCCCGGCUCCAAGAACAAGCCCAAGCCGCCGAUUGUCAUAACCAAAGAAAGCCCCAACGCGCUCCGAAGCCACGUGCUGGAAAUCGCCAGCGGCAGUGACGUAGCAGAGAGCAUCGCCGCCUUCGCCAACCGCCGCCACCGCGGCGUGUCGGUCCUCAGCGGCAGCGGCAUUGUCACCAACGUCACUCUCCGCCAACCCGCCGCGCCCGCAGGAGUCAUCACCCUCCACGGAAGGUUCGAGAUUCUCUCCCUCUCCGGCGCCUUUUUGCCCUCUCCCUCGCCUCCUGGCGCCACCGGACUCUCCGUCUAUUUGGCCGGGGGGCAGGGGCAGGUCGUUGGCGGCACCGUUGGUGGUUCUUUGGUGGCCUCCGGGCCGGUGAUGGUGAUCGCAGCAACAUUCGCCAAUGCUACUUAUGAGAGGCUACCGCUGGAGGAUGAACAAGGUGAAGAAGAAAUGCAAGUGCAACAGCAAUCGCAGCAGCAGCAACAACAACAACAAUCUCAGGGUUUAGGUGAACAAGUUUCAAUGGCCAUGUAUAAUUUGCCUCCUAAUUUGCUACACAAUGGUCAGAACAUGCCUCAUGAUGUGUUUUGGGGAGCUGCUCCACCUCGUCCUCCACCUUCCUUCUGAGCCUCAGCAACGAUGGAUUUGCUUAAUCUUACUGACAUGUGAAUUAAAGUUUUGAUUAUGAUUAUGUGUAGGUAAUAAUAAGGAUGGAGUAUGAAAUGGUCCGGAAUAAGAGUGGAGCUAGCUAGCUGUGUGCGGGAAUUUGUGGUAAGCAAACGUGUUGUUUGACUCUUCCAAGUAACAUUUAGUACUUCAUUGAGUAGAUGAAGUUGAUGGAUAAUUGUAGUGUGGAAAUGGCAUUAAUUGGAGUCUAUGCCGCAUUGAAUGUUUUUACACUUGCUACAUUUCAUAUGGAGAUGGAACAAACUUUUCUUUAAAGAGAAGGGAAGGGGUGACAGUGAUAUGGUCGGGUUCAUCUCCUUUUCCCUGAAUGAAUCAAAUCACUCUCAUGCUGUUUGUUUGGACUUUAGAAUAGACCAUACUGCUUAAACUCAGUCAACAUUAUUAUGCCUCAUGUAGAGGGUAGUGUCAAAAAAAAAAGGUUGUCUGGGUGUAGUUCCCCUUGUUUUUGUUUUUGUUUUCUAGGUUUUACGGGCUUUGCCUUUUAGUAUUUUCUCAGAAACAACCUGCACCCAUUAAAGUUGGACCCCAUAAUGGAUAAUAUUAUUUAUGGUCUUCGCCUUUCGGUUUGUGUCACUCGUGCUUAGAAACUCAUCUAGCCACCAUCAUUUCAUAAAUUUUUUAGAUAAUACUUAUCGAUGGACAUCAAGUAUGGGAUGGGUCGCAUCAUUGUGUCCACUGUAUUUUUAAUUCUUAUGCAUUCAUCGGACCGAGGCUGUUCAAUAUCUUGUACCAGUCCUUUUUCAUAUCUUAUUUUUGCUUGCUUUCUUCCUCAAUUCGUUCAUCAAUUUGACACUUUAUAUAUUCUCAUUUUCA